UACAGUUCCUCCGUUGUUAUUCCCCCGCUUCGCGUUCAAGCAGCUCUCAGAGCGAAAGUGAGACGCAGAAGUCAAACUACGACUUUUCUUGUCCGUGUGACGACUUCUGUGGUUAUUUUUCGUCGAGCGGGAGUUUGUGGUUUGUCGUUCCACGAUGGUGAAAGUGUCUUUUAACUCGGCCUUUUCACAAAAAGAUGUGAAAAAGGACGCGGAAACCCUGAUAGCCGAGGAGGACAAAGACGCCGAGGCAGCCCUGCCGCUGCGUCACCAGUCCCGGGCCUGGUGCUGGUGCAUGUGUCUGGGUGUAGGCCUCAUGCUGUCAGGGAUGGUGGUGGGCGGGGCCUACCUGUACCGCUACUACAUCUUGGAGGUCAGCGUCUCGCCGCAGAGUGAGCGUGUGCCGUCGGGGUCAACUCUGACCCUGUGCUUCCUCUUUUUGCAGGAGGGUGAGGUGUUUGUGUGCGGGGUCAACUACCUCGAGGAGGACCUCACUAUCACCGAACUGGACCAGGUGGAGGUGGCGCUUCCGAUGCCACUGAGGCAGCUGGAGGAGAGAAUCCGGGUGCUGGAAGAGGAGCAGGUGGAGCUCAUCAGUGUGCCUGUACCGGAGUUUGAGGACGGAGACCCCGCAGACAUCGUCCACGACUUCCAGCGGAGGCUGACCGCCUACCUGGACCUGAGCCUGAACAAGUGCUACGUCAUCCCACUCAACACCUCCAUCGUCAUGCCCCCGCGAGACUUCCAGGAGCUGCUGGUCAAUAUCAAGGCCGGCACUUACCUGCCACAGUCAUACCUGGUGCAGGAGGAGAUGGUGGUGACGGAGCGCCUGGAGCACGUGGAACAGCUGGGCCAAUUCAUCCACAACCUGUGUCACGGCAAGGACACCUUCAAGCUACAUCGGCGGGACAGGAUUCUGGGCAUGCAGAAGCGCCAAGUUCUCAACUGCCGCAAGAUUCGCCACUUUGAGAACAAGUUUGUGGUGGAGACUCAGAUCUGUGAGCUUUAAGGCGCCUGGUGGCUGCUCUCAGCUUCAGCGGCAGGCGACGAGAUUGUGCUUUUGGGUUGUUCCCCCCCAUCUUCACCUUUUUUCCAGCCCUUCAGAUGGCCAGAGUGAGCGAGCAAAUGUGAAGCCUACGAUAAAACCCAUUGUGGCAUUGUUUGGAAAGUUUGCUGUCAUUUCACAAACAAAAUGGCUAAAAUGCAGCAGACUAAAUUGUAAUAAGGGUCAUUUAUUUCAGUGUAAACAUAAUCAAUACAGGGUGAUGUCUUUUUUCCUUUUCUGCUGUAGCAUUAACACACUAUUCUUAAUCAACAGGACUUGUUUUUCUCUUUACUUUUUUAAACAUUUUAAAAUAAGUCAGCUGGGGAAAAAAGGUUUUUAAAUGUGCACAUGUAAUCAUGUUUUUUUUUCCAAUGUUUUUUUUUUUUUAAUUACCUCGUCUUGUACUAAUUUGUAUAGUGUGUGUGUGCGUGCGCGCGUGUGUGUGUGUGUGUGUGUGUGUAUAAUCCCUGGAGAGAUGUCCAAUAACAAAAAUACAAAAACAA